CGCGGGAUCUCUGACCAGUCUCUGGCCAGUGGCCCCCGGCACACAUACCCAAAGUAUUGCGGUACCUCGCGUUACUUUAUAUUCAAUUCUGCUUUCACAAUUUCAGUGAUUUCAAUAUCUACUACCUAUAAAAUAGUUGAACCCACUGAAAUAUAAACGUUCUCCCUAAUUCCACGGUAAAAUUGUCCUCAUCUUGAAGCCCCGAUAAAGUACAUAAAAAAAUACGUCUCCGAGGAAGCGGAAAUUCAAAACUGAAAUAAGGGACCAAGUGGUAUUCAAGUGCCUCGAAGUUAUCGAGAUGUGCGAUAUACCCAAGGUGAUUUCCUGGUAAUUGGAUAACCGGAGGGCUCCAGAUAACAGUUGUCAACCAUCGACCGCAGCAGGAUGAUGAAAAAUCAAAACGGUGGAGUACCCGGGCCGGGUGCCGUUGGCCCUGAUGAUUUCUCAGACGAUGAAAGCACCCCUUUAACAGGACAGGAGUACGCGGCGAGCCAAAGAACUGUGACGGAGACCAAGGGAUGGGAUGUCUUCCGCAACCCCCCACCAAAAAUUGAUUCGGGAUCCAUGACGAAUCAAAAAUGUUUAGAAGUCACCGUACAGAUAACGAAAGUAUUCGUAUACCUCUUGGUAUUCGUUAUUGUUCUUGGUAGCGGAGUUAUAGCCAAGGGCACUAUACUCCUCAUGACCUCGCAACUCAGGGCUGACAAGACUAUUUUAUACUGCAAUAAGCUGCUGGGGAGGGACAAAACCUUCGUAGUGACGCUACCAGAGGAGGAAAGAAUAGCAUGGAUAUGGUGCAUAAUCAUAGCGUUUUCUGUCCCAGAGAUUGGGACAUUAAUUCGCAGCAUCAGAAUCUGUUUUUUCAAGUCUAUGAAAAAGCCUCCGGCGGGCCACUUUCUGCUUGUCUUUGUUAUGGAGACUUUUCAUGUCGUAGGACUCGCUCUAAUGUUCAUGAGCAUUUUGCCGGACUUGGACGUCGUGCAGGGUGCCAUGUUAACGAAUUGUGUUUGCUUUGUGCCUGGUCUACUCGGGCUUCUCUCCCGGAAUAAAAAAAGGGACGAGUCGAGGCGUUUUGUUCUUGUUCUGGUUGACCUUGCCGCCCUGGCUGCUCAGGCGACGGCAUUUGUCGUCUGGCCACUUUUGAACAGUUCAAAUGCCUCUCUGUGGCUCAUCCCUGUUGCUUUAAUAUGUGUUUCAUGUGGCUGGUGGGAAAACUAUGUCUCUAUUCAAAGCCCAAUUGGGAUCAUAAAAUCUUUGGGACGAGUUAAAGAAGAGAUGAAAAUGACCAGAUACUUCACGUACAGCUUUGUCGCUUUAUGGAAGAUCAUAGCAUUUUUUAUGAGCAGUCUGAUAGUCCUGCAAGCAAAGGGCAAUACGGUUAGCCACCUAUUCACCAUGUUUGGUAGCGCUUUUGGUGAACACACUAUAACCAUCACCGAGGUACAGUCUACCAUCGGCGGAGGAACUAUUCCUGAUCUCUCCGAUGUCUUACCCAACGGAGAGACCGAGACGAUUAAUGUUAACUCUAAUACGCCGAUUUACGUGCUCCUCAUUCAAAUAUUUUGCGCUUACUUUGCUUAUGUUUUUGGGAAAUUCGCCUGCAAGAUUUUGAUUCAGGGAUUCAGCUACGCGUUCCCUGUUAAUCUGACCAUCCCUGUUUCUAUCUCACUUUUGAUCGCUGCCUGUGGUCUUCGUAAUGGAGAUCCAUGCUUCUUUCACGGGACCAUUCCAGAUUAUCUGUUCUAUGAGUCUCCACCCUUAUACUUCCUCAGUGAUUUUAUAUCAAAACAAUACGCUUGGGUAUGGUUACUCUGGCUCCUCUCGCAAACGUGGAUCACCCUACAUAUAUGGACUCCCAAAUGUGAGCGGCUUGCUUCUACAGAAAAACUUUUUGUCGCUCCAAUGUACGACGGACUUCUUAUCGACCAGUCCAUGGGGCUGAAUAGAAAACGUGACGACCAACCUGAAGUGACUGUGGAGGAUUUAGCGGAGAUUGAAAAAGAGAAAGGAGACGGGGACUAUGAGACAAUUUACGAGCAGACGGAUGGAUCCGCAACUCCGCCUUCAACGGUAAAAAAUAGUGACCUGGUGACAAGGAUCUAUGCCUGCGCGACCAUGUGGCACGAGAAUAAAGAGGAGAUGGUGGAAUUUUUGAAAAGCAUUUUGCGGCUUGACGAAGAUCAAUGCGCGAGAAGGGUAGCUCAAAAAUACCUGAAAGUUGUAGAUCCCGACUACUACGAGUUCGAAACUCACAUAUUCUUCGACGAUGCCUUUGAGAUAUCAGAUCACGAUGAAAACGAAUCCCAGGUAAAUAGAUUUGUGAAACUGCUCGUCGAUACUCUCGACGAGGCUGCGUCUGACAUCCAUCAGACAAGAAUGCACGUCAGAGCUCCUAAAAAAUAUCCCACUCCUUACGGAGGGCGACUGGUCUGGACUCUGCCGGGUAAAACUAAAAUGAUUGCCCAUCUUAAGGAUAAGAGCAAGAUCCGGCACAGGAAACGGUGGAGUCAGGUGAUGUACAUGUACUAUCUCCUUGGCCACCGACUCAUGGAACUACCCAUCAGCGUCGACCGGAAAGAAGUUAUUGCUGAAAACACGUUCCUUCUGACUCUUGAUGGAGACGUCGACUUCCAGCCUGCUGCUGUAAAACUUCUGAUUGAUUUAAUGAAGAAGAACAAGAACCUUGGUGCUGCUUGUGGUCGUAUUCACCCCGUUGGAUCAGGUCCCAUGGUCUGGUACCAGAUGUUUGAAUACGCGAUUGGUCAUUGGCUGCAAAAAGCCACAGAGCACAUGAUCGGUUGCGUUCUCUGUAGCCCUGGAUGUUUCUCUCUAUUCAGAGGUAAGGCACUCAUGGACGAUAACGUUAUGAAGAAGUAUACAACAAGAUCCGACGAAGCCAGGCACUACGUCCAGUACGAUCAGGGCGAGGAUCGAUGGCUGUGUACUCUAAUUCUUCAGAGAGGAUACAGGGUCGAGUAUUCAGCUGCUAGUGAUGCUUACACCCACGCACCUGAAGGAUUCAACGAAUUCUACAACCAACGCCGUCGGUGGGUACCCUCCACCAUGGCCAAUAUUAUGGAUUUGCUAAUGGAUUCGAAACGGACUAUAAAAAUUAACGACAACAUAUCUUUGCCUUAUAUAUUCUACCAGAUUCUGCUGAUGGGUGGUACGAUUCUUGGGCCGGGAACGAUAUUCCUUAUGUUGGUGGGGGCGUUCGUUGCAGCUUUUCGAAUCGACAACUGGACAAGCUUCUACUACAACAUAAUUCCCAUAUUACUUUUCAUGGUUGUUUGUUUUACAUGUAAAUCAAACAUUCAACUUUUAGUUGCCCAGAUGCUUUCCACAGGGUAUGCCAUGAUUAUGAUGGCUGUGAUUGUUGGUACCGCUCUCCAGCUGGGAGAGGACGGCGUCGGAUCUCCCUCAGCAAUUUUCUUGAUAGCAAUGUCUGGGUCCUUUUUUAUAGCAGCCUGUUUACAUCCGCAAGAGUUUUGGUGCAUCGUUCCUGGAAUAAUCUACCUUCUCUCUAUCCCCUCAAUGUACCUCCUUCUUAUCCUAUAUUCUAUAAUCAACCUCAACGUCGUCACCUGGGGAACCAGAGAAGUCAUGGUCAAAAAGACAAAGAAGGAAUUGGAACAGGAAAAAAAAGAGGCAGAAGAGGCCAAACGCAACGCGAAACAGAAAUCACUUCUUGGAUUUCUUCAAAAUGGCAAUGGGAACAACAACGAUGAUCAAGGAUCUAUAGAAAUAUCACUCGCAGGAUUGUUCAAGUGUAUGCUCUGCACUCAUGGUAAACCUUCAGAUGAGAAACAGCAGCUUGUCGCUAUCGCAGAGUCCCUGGAGCAACUGGGUAAACGGUUGGAUACCAUCGAAAAGGCCGUCGACCCCCAAGGCCAUGCAUCCGGGAGAAGGCGCCCCUCCUCUAUUGGUUCGAAAUUUGUUGACCCCAUGAAUCCUAUCGAAGAAAAUCCGGUUGACGAGGAUCAGGAUAGUGAUACGGAGACUACAGUCAGUCAAACAACGGAAGCUAAUCGGGAACGCACGUUCCUCGUCAGUCCUUAUUGGUUGGAGGAUGAGGGAUUGAAAAAAGGGGAAGUUGAUUUCCUCUCUCCUCAGGAGGAACAAUUCUGGAAAGACUUAUUGGAGAAGUAUCUAUUCCCCAUUGACGAGGACAAGGCAGAGAAGGCUCGUAUCGCUGCAGACCUGAUAGAACUACGGAACAAAAGCGUGUUUGCAUUUUUUAUGUUCAACGCUCUCUUCAUUCUGAUUGUAUUUUUACUGCAAUUGAACAAAGACCAGCUCCACAUUGUAUGGCCCCUAGGGGUCAAGACAAACAUCACCUACAUAGAGGAAACCUCAGAGGUACACAUAACUAAGGAAUAUCUGCAGAUCGAGCCCAUUGGUCUUGUUUUCGUCUUCUUUUUUGCUUUGAUUCUCAUCAUCCAGUUUACCGCAAUGUUGUUCCAUCGCUUUGGCACAUUUGCUCAUAUUCUUGCCAGCACAACAUUGGAUUGGUAUUGCUGCAAAAAGGCAAAGGAUCUUUCCGAAGAAGCCUUGCUGAGCAAGCAUGCUGUUGAAAUAGUUAGAGAUCUUCAACGGUUAGAUGGAAUGGAGGGUGACUACGACGAGGGUAGUGGAAGCGGCCCAGGUCGAAGAAAAACAAUUCGUAAUCUGGAGAAGAGCCGGCGAAAGACGCAGGCCAUCAACACUUUGGACGUUGCGUUCCGGCAGAGAUUUUUCAGCAUGGCUGAAGGCUCUGGAUUGCCCCGCAACAUGUCUACGAGGAGGUCAACGAAAGCUUUCAAGGCAUUUGAAGGCCGUAGAAACAGCAUCAUGGCAGAGCGGAAGAAAUCACAAAUGCAGACGUUGGGAGCUAACAAUAUUUAUGGGGUGGCUGGGAAUCCCCUCGGUAUACAGCCAAGGCCCACAAGAAGUAGCCAGAUUUCUGUGAAGGAGGUUUUUGAAGGACAUCCAGGAAUUGUUAAUCAAGCUUACGAGCCUGAAGAAAGCCCUAGGAACAGUUUAAGAAUGCAGUCUAGAAUAACGUGGCGUGACGCUAACUCAAAAGUCUAAAAGUUUGCGAAAUAAUUAAAAAGAAAUAAGAGAUUAAUUGUAUCAUCAUAGAGGCCGACGGUAAUCUAGAUGAUCACCUAGGUAUAUUUAAGUGACUCUAAGUGCAAUAUGUUGUAGCAUACAGUGCUCUGGAGGAAAAAGCGCAACUGAUAAACGUCUACAGGGAUGAUUGGUAUAAGGAAUCGUCCAUUGACGGAUGCCAAAAGUUUGACGAGUGAGUUGAGUUACUGAAAUGAACGUAAUUUAUUGUGUUUACCAUUAGAUUGUGAUAGUUAUUAGAAAAAAGGCUUAUUACUGCCGUAUUGACCUACGCCUUCUCUGAUAAGUUGCUAUCCAAUAUCCCAUGUAACUAUUUUGGAGCAGGAAAAGAAACGAGAAACAAUCGGUCGUAGACUCUCCAACUUGGAAUGCCUAAAUUUGGAAGACUAAUAAUUGUAUUAUCCUAAUUUCUAUUAUACUUAUACAUACAUAUAUUUAUAAAUAUUAUAUGGAUAUUUUUUUAUGUGAUAUUUUAGAGUUUCGACCUACAUAUCUGUAUUACUUAUUACUACAUACCUAUAUGCGAUAGGCAAUAUCAUGAAAUGUCAGAAGGGAAGAGACGAAAGUAUGGAACUAAUAUUUGUGAGCGAAGAUUCUUUUUAUAAAGCAAUUAUGUGGCUUGAAACCUCAUCAUUAGAAAAAUUCUGAUUUCGUUUCAUUACUAGCUAAUUUUGUAACUAUAAUUUGCCAUUUCGUGUUUAUGAUGGAAUAAAUAAGCCGAAUUACGAAGGA